AAACGAGACGCACAAUAAAACUAAAAACCCCUCUCCCAAGGUGUCCAAGCCUUUUUCUUUCAUCUCGUUUCUUCUCCAACAUCUAUCUCGUCUUCUGCUAGCAGAGUCUUAUCUUUAACCUGCCAAGACAAACCCAGAAUACCAUUCCAUUCAAGGAGCCAAAUGGCCUCUACAUUCUCAGUGCAACUGGUGCAUAACCCUCGCCUUGUGGUUAAGGGUAAUCUUGGUCUAGAUGUUACAAAUCUGAGUGGGCCAUUUGUGAUAUCUAAAGCAACUUUGAGUUUAGCUGGAAGAGCAUUGACAUCAAGAUCUCACUAUGCAUUGAGUGUCCCCAUCACACAGCUUUUUAAAGCGCCUGCUGUUAAGCAAAGGAGAAUGGCCUGCAUCAACUCGAUGACAAAUGAUGUUGAGCUGCAAGCAAAAGUUACAACCAAGUGCUUCUUUGAUGUUGAUAUCGGAGGUGAACCUGCAGGAAGAAUUGUGAUGGGCCUUUUUGGAGAUGUUGUCCCAAAAACUGUUGAGAACUUCCGUGCCUUGUGCACAGGAGAGAAGGGAUAUGGUUAUAAAGGAUGCUCUUUCCACCGUAUUAUUAAAGAUUUCAUGAUCCAGGGAGGGGAUUUCACAGAAGGCAAUGGAACUGGAGGAAUUAGCAUAUAUGGUUCUAGCUUUGCAGAUGAGAGCUUUGAUCUGAAGCAUGUUGGACCUGGAGUUUUGAGCAUGGCUAAUGCAGGCCCUAAUACAAAUGGAAGCCAAUUUUUCAUUUGUACAGUAAAGACUCCAUGGUUGGACAACCGUCAUGUUGUGUUUGGAAAUGUCAUUGAUGGAAUGGAUGUUGUUCGGAAACUGGAAUCUGUAGAGACAAGCAGGUCAGAUAACCCUCGAGCACCAUGCAGGAUUAUCAAUUGUGGUGAGCUACCGUUGGAUGGCUGAUCUAUGUGCUCACAGAUUAUGUUUUACGAUACUGGACUGCAAUUUCUUGAUUGUGCAUCCCAAUUUUCUUAAGAUCUAUGUCCUUUUUGAUCGUGGAAUGGUUUUUUACAAUACCAUGUAUCUGAAACAUCAUCCAUUUUAGUUCAGAGAAAUUAAAACAAUGCUUUGUCGGCUCAUGAUAAAAGUGCACCUACUAUUGUUAUGUGAAAAUAAAUGCAAAUACUGUGUGUUACACUCUCAA